AUGUUCUCAUUCUACACAUUUGUCUUUGUUAUUUGCACAGCUUUCGUAUCGCAUUCGGAUGCCGAUUCGAUUACUCUUCAACAAUAUUCAACAAUUGAAAUUGGAUGGACUCGAGAUCAAGUAACACAACUUAUUGGUUCUCAAGGAAAUGUUAUUUCACAAUCUGGAUAUGAAAGUGGAAACUGGACAACGAUUCAAUACACUGGAUCAAAAUCAUCCUCAUCAGCAAAAUUUGGUUUUCAAGGAGAAAUACUUUACAGUAAAUCUCAAUAUGGUUUAGACACAACGGUUUAUCAAAUAACUCCACAACAAUAUUCAACAAUUCAAAUUGGAUGGACUCAAGAUCAAGUAACACAACUCAUUGGUUCUCAAGGAGUUAUUACAUCACAAUCUGGAUAUGGAGGUUCCAACAUGACAACAAUUCAAUAUACUGGAUCACAAUCAUCUUCAUCAGCAACAUUUACUUUUCAAGGAUCGGUACUUUACAGUAAAUCGCAAGAUAGAUUAGAUACAACAGUUUAUCAAAUAACUCAACAACAAUAUGAUCAACUUGCAAUUGGAUUGACUCGAGAUGAAAUCACAAAUUUAGUUGGUAAUCCAGGAAUUAUUACUUCGGAAACGGGAACAGGUAAUACAAGUAGUAUUAAUGUUCAAUAUCAACUGGCUGGAAGUUCAUAUGGUGUUGUGUAUCUGAGAUUUUAUGGGGAAAAACUUAACAGUCAAUAUGGAUAUGGAUUUGCAUCAACUAUCAAUAAUAAAAUCAGUUUUCAACAAUAUUCGAUCGUACAAGUCGGAUGGACUCAACAACAUGUUAUACAAUUUCUCGGAUGUCCAGGUACAAUUACAUCUCAAAGUGGAACACAAGAUUUAUCAAAUCAAUGGGCAACAAUUCAAUAUACUGGAUCAGAAUCAUCGUUUCCAUCGGUGGAAUUUAAUUUCCAAGGAGGAAAAAUUUACAGGAAGUCUCGAUAUGGAAUAGAUUUCCGAGUUUAUACAAUGACUCAACAACAAUUUCUCUCUAUACAAAUUGGAUGGACACGAAAUCAAAUCACAAAUUUUGUUGGAAGUGAAGGAAGUAUCAUUUCAGAGUCUGUAAGUGGAAAUACAAAUUAUACCACAGUUGUAUAUAUCGCACCUGGAAAUAGUUAUGGUACUGCUGAUCUCUAUUUUGUUAAUGAAACAUUAUCAUUAAAAAGUGGAAGUGUUUAUUUUUCAAGUUCGAAUACAAUUAAUCUUCAACAAUAUACAAAAAUUCAAAUUGGAUGGACUCAAGAUCAAGUAACACAACUCAUUGGUUCUCAAGGAAUCAUUACCUCACAAUCAGGAACGGUGGGUUCACCAAAUGGAUUGACAACUAUUCAAUAUACUGGAUCACAAUCAUCUUCCUCAUCAGCGACAUUUAAUUUUCAAGGAUCAAUACUUUACAGGAAAUCUCAAUAUGGAUUAGAUACGACAGUUUAUCCAAUAACACAACAACAAUAUAAUCAACUUGAAAUUGGAUGGACUCGAGAUGAAGUCACAAAUUUAGUUGGUAAUCCAGGAAUCGUUACUUCAGAAUCGGGAACAGGUAAUACAACGAGUAUUAAUGUUCAAUAUCAACCAGCCGGAAAAUCAUCUGGGAGUGUUUCUCUGGGAUUUUACGCUGGAAAACUUCGCAGUAGAUCUGAAUAUGGUUUCAAAUAA